AUGGUGGUUCAACCCCCGGCGGGCGUCACAGCAACACAGACGGGCCGGGGCACAGCGAGGGUGACAUGGCAGCCGGUGACGGACGUCCUGAUGUACUAUGUAACCAUUCGGGACACUGAGGACCCCAACAGCAGACCGUCUGCCUACAACGUGACAGACACCACGCUGGACAUUCAAGGCAUCCUCCCAUGUUCCACCUACCUGAUAUCAGUGUCCUCAUACAGCAAGUUCCUGGUGCCGAGCGAGCCAGCAGACUACACAUACACCACCAACAAGUUGACACCGGUUUCAUCAGUAUCGGUGGUCUACACCUGCACCACUCACUCUGUCAUGGUGUAUUGGUCGGCUGUGUUCGGUGCCGACUCUUACAAGGCCACGGCGAUCACCGAAAACGGCACACGGCUGAUGUGCAGCAGCCAGAGCACCAGCUGUCAGAUCCCCAACCUGAGCUGUGGUCAAAACUACGUGGUGCAUGUGACGCCCAUAUCAGAGGGGUGCAAGAACAUGGUGAACACCACCUGGGCCACAUUUCAGACCGUCCCCUGUCCUCCCAAGAAGCUGGAGUUGUUGCGAGACUGUUCCAGCGAAGUCAUCAUCUUUUCCUGGGAGCACACAAACAACACAGAUCACUACAUGGCCAAGGCCGUGGACUCUCAGGGAGUAGUUCAGGAGUGUCUGACUGAAGACAACUCCUGUUAUUUUACACACACAGUGUGUGGACGACACUAUUACUUCACAGUCUACUCCAUCACAGGACAGUGCAGAAGCCAGAUUAGCUCUACUGUUGACAUUCGCACAGCACCCUGUAUUCCCCAGAAUGUGCAAACUUCAGCCAACUGCAACUCUAAUGUUCUGCUCAGCAAGUGGGACCUCGCUGAGGGGGCACUGCGCUACACUGUGGAGGCUUUUGGCAACAGAGGAAAUAACAGCCGCUACAACUGCACCUCACUGUCCAACAGCUGCGCUAUAGAAGGCAUCCAGUGCGGGGAUUACUUGACAAUCUACAUCACAGCUUUUGAUGAUGAGUGUGCAAGUCCAAAGACACUGGGGCCUGUAGCUGAGACAGUCCCAUGUACUCCUCAGAGCCCAGCAGCAGUUAAGGAAUGUGGAGCCGACGCCAUCACAAUGACCUGGAACAUGUCCGGCAGUGCGCUUUUCUACGUCGCCAUGGCGAAGGACAGUGAUGGCGUCAUUCACAGCUGUAACUCCAUGGAUUCGACCUGUAAGAUUGAGGGCUUGAAGUGCAGCACCAACUACACAGCGUACGUCAUCGCCUCCAACUUCAUGUGCAACAGCACUGAGAGCGAGGCGGUCACCAUAGAGACAGCUGCAUGCCCUCCCGAUCACGUCUCGGCCUCCCUGGACUGUGCAGCCAAUGAGGCAAUGAUUUCCUGGCGUGGCCAAACCAACUUGAACUCCUACACCGCCACCAUUGUGGAUGAAAAUCAAGGGCUUCUCAGCUGCAGCUCCACUACAACCAGCUGCAGGAUACCCAACCUGAAAUGUGGGCAGCUCUACACUGUAACUGUCUGCCACCACGACGGCAUCUGCCCCAGCAUGCCCUCUGAGGCCAUCUACAUGGAGUCUGUUCCAUGUGGGCCCCAUGUGGACUCCCACUUAGACUGCCAGUCACAGGUACUGACCAUUGGUUGGAACGCGUCACGUAAAGCGGAAGGCUACAUGACUGUGAUCUCAGAUGGCACCAAGCAGAUGUCUUACAACACCACAAAGCCUUCGUUGAGUGUUAAAACACUGGAGUGUGGACGGGAUUACACCGUGAAAGUGAUGUCCGUCAACGACACCUGCGUCAGUCAUCCCACAGUGAUACCUGUCCGGCAAACACCAUGCGUGCCAUCUAAUGUGGUGGCAAAGAGAAACUGUGGCCAGAGCUUUAUGGAUGUAACGUGGAACGCAAGCCGUGGCGCCCUAUACUACCAAGUAUCUGCAUUAGAUAAAGUUGGCGGUCAGUUGCUGUGCUCUUCCAAUGAGACAUCAUGCAGGCUGGAGGGCCUCAUGUGCAGCCAGGUUUACAGUGUUGGCGUGUCUGCCUCGGACAACAACUGCACCAGCAACGAGAGCUCUGCCGUGACAGUACGGACAGGGCCCUGCCCUCCCUCUCAGCUGAACGCCUCAGUGAACUGUGCCAAUAACUCUGCCAUGUUAACCUGGAACAGCAGCCCUAACGCAGCGUCCUACACCGGCAAGGCAGUGAGCACAGACGGACACAAUGUGACCUGUGAUGCAGGAACGAACCUCGGUUGCCAGUUAAAGGGUCUGCAGUGUGGCAAGAAGUACACCUUCACGGUGUCGGCCUCAGAUGGCAACUGUCGAACUAUUGACAGCGAGCCGGUCAUCCAUACAACUGCCCCAUGUGUUGUUCAGGAUGUGGUCAACACUCUGAACUGUAGCACCAACACACUGACCAUCAGCUGGGUGCCCGGAUCAAUGCCAGUAAACUACAGUGCCACCGCCCUUGCUGGAAAUGGCACGACACUCGAAUGCAUCACAGAGGCUUCCAGUUGUACGUUGACUAAUUUACAGUGUGGUCAGCGAUACACUGUGGCGGUCAAAGCAGUCAGCAGCACAUGUGAAGGUCCCAGCAGUGUCCCGGAGAUUGUUGAUUCUGUUCCUUGUGUUCCUAUUAAUGUCCAAGGCGUUGUGGAGUGUCCCUCUAACACGUUGCAGGCGUCCUGGUAUGCAGCUGCCGGCGCAGUGUCCUACAUCUCCACGCUGACGGGAGCGGGAGGUUUCUCUGCUUCCUGUCCUACAGCUAACCAAAGUUGCCUCUUCCCUGGCCUGCAGUGUGCUCAUACGUACAUGCUCAGUGUGGUGGCCCUCAACAACAGGUGUAACAGCUCCGAGAGUGCCAAGAUCCCACACCAUGUGAUCCUACAAACGUGGCUGCUACCCUGA